GAGACCAAGGAUCAGGAGGAUCAGACUCGUUUUGUCUUGAAUCUUUAACAUAAAUAAAGUGUCGCUGUUUUAUCGAGUGAAACGUGUUUUUAGUUUUAAAAUGAGACUCACCUCAGCCCUGAGUGUCCUGCUCUGCUCCCAGAUCAUCCACUGCAACGUGUUUGUGGAGCGUAUGGGCGCGCUGCAGGUGCUGACCUCUGCCCCCAGGAGGCGCCGUGCCAAUGAUCAUUUUCUGGAGGAGGCUCGUCCUGGAGACCUCGAGAGAGAAUGUUAUGAAGAAGCCUGUUCCCAAGAAGAAGCCUCCGAGAUCUUCCAGAGCCGAGAGAAGACGAUGGAGUUCUGGUUCAGAUACAAAAGUGUGAGUCGUUGCAUUUCGAGUCCUUGUCUAAAUGGAGGUCUGUGUUCUGUGGAUCAGGGACACGUCGUGUGUCUGUGUCCUCCUCAGUUCCAUGGAGCGCUGUGUCAGACAGCGCUGCAGGUGUGCUCCUACAAGAACGGCGGCUGCAUGCAGUACUGCUCUGACCUGCCGGGGGGCGCCGGAGUGCAGUGCGGCUGUGCUGAAGGAUACAGACUCGAGGAAGACGGACACGGCUGCAGCCCCACAGUGGCGUUUCCUUGUGGUCGACAGCGGAACCAAGACUGGAUCCGAGGCCGGUCUUUGUUAGUCCCAGACCAGAACCAGGACCAGAACCAGGACCAGGACCAGAACCGCACCGAGAACCAGACCAGUCCUCAGACUCCGACUGUGUGGACAGGAACUGAGAGGCCCCUGAACGCCUCGGGGCCUGACCUGACCUCUGACCUCCUGCAGGGGGCAGCAGGGCGGGGCCAGGGUGAUGGGCGGAUUGUGGGCGGGACUCUGGAGGUGUCAGGAGGAAGUCCGUGGACAGUUCUGGUCCGGAGAACAGACGGGUUCGGGUUCUGUGGAGGAGCUCUGCUCUCAGAGCGAUGGGUCGUCUCUGCUGCUCACUGCUUCCAAAACACACGAGCAGAUCACAUCACUGUAGGUGAUGUGGAUAAGUUGCGUCUGGAUCCUGAGGAGCAGAUGGUGAAGGUGAAGAAGGUUCUGGUCCAUCCUCAUUUCCACGACUUCACUCUGGACAGUGACGUCGCUCUGCUCCUCCUCAACUCCUCCGUCCUCCUCACCUCCUCCACCAUCAGCGCCUGCCUCCCAGACCCCCACCUGGCCUCCUACCUGCUCCAGGUGGACAGUCGGGGGGUGGUCUCGGGUUGGGGGACCACUCAUUACUUGGGCCGCAGUUCCCGUUUCCUGAGGAAGGUGGCGCUGCCUGUGGUGAGCCACGAGACCUGCAGCCGGUCUACGGAGCAGGUCAUCACUGAUAACAUGUUCUGCGCGGGCGUGGUGGACGCGUCCCGGGACGCGUGCAGCGGGGACAGUGGCGGGCCCUUCGUGGUCCACUUCAGAGGGACCUGGUUUGUGACGGGCGUGGUCAGCUGGGGCGAGCAGUGCGCCACCCGCGGGAAGUACGGGGUGUACACACGCCUCGGCAACUUCCUCAGCUGGAUCAGGGAAACCAUGGCAACGGAAGAGAGGAGAGAGAGGGAGGAGCAAGAGGAGAGAGAGAGGAGAGGGAGGGAGGAGCAAGAGGAGAGAGAGAGGAGAGGGAGGGAGGAGCAGAGGGAGGAGCAGAGGGAGGAGCACAGAGGAGGCUCAGCUCUGAACCAAACCCAGAACCAAGACCUGGUCCAUAAACCACAGAGUCUGAAUCAAACAGGACACAAUGGGACUGUAAAUCCUUAAAGACGAUUUUAUGUCUGUAACUUUGCUCUCUGUGCUAAGCCCCUCCCCUUCAGAGCACUAAUGAAACUCCUGCACAUCACACCAGGUUUGUCGCGUCAUAGUGCACAGUUUGUGUCAUGUUUUUGUUUAUUUAUGGAGACUUGUUGUGUGGAGCGUGGGUGAUGUAGACUUGUGGGCGGAGCCUCGUACAGACUCGUACUGCGAACUGUAAGGAGUGUUUGAAUGGGGCCUGGGAGAGAUCUCUAGAUUACUGGAUGAACUCUGACACCUCUUCGUGUUUUUGAGGAGUCAGAGUUGGAACAUGGGGCAGACAUACUAAAGUACAUUUUGCAGAAUAUUUCACAAACAAAUCGUCAAGAGCAUUUAUAUCGUUUCAUUUUGUUUAUUUUUGUCUUUUUAAUCUUUGGUAAAGUGUCAUGAGAAACACUGUUAAAUAAAAUGAAUUAUUAUUCUUUCCACUGGACUUUAGUGAUUCCUUUAGCCCCUCCCCUCUGUCCUGUAGCCCCUCCCCUCUGUGAACUUGUAGUGGUGAGAACUGUUUGGAAUCAAUUUAAACUGAAUAAACUUUAAAUAUGACGAGAGGCUG